CAGAGAUGGGGAAUUGGGCGUUGGGCCACUGGACCGAAGAAGGUUACGACAUCUUCAAGAAUUUCCCAGACCUCAACAGCAUUCUCUGGGGAGCUGAGGACAGAGGCUGGGUACCUCGUAUCGUGCCGAAUCAUCACAUUCCCCACACAGAAAAUGUCCUCAAUGGCUCUUUUGCUACUGAAACAAAAUCCAUCAUUGCCUGGAUGCAGCGUACCCCAUUUGUGCUGGGAGCAAAUUUGCAAGGAGGAGAAAAAAUGGUCGCCUACCCGUUUGACAUGCAGCGUCAACCAAUUUCUUCUACGGAUAGCCGACGGAGUGAUAACUCUAACAUGAACGAGGAGACGUGGGCUCGCAUUCAGCGGCAGAACGAGGGGUCUCUGCGAGAGACGCCAGAUGACGCCAUGUUCAGAUGGUUGGCCAUGUCAUACGCCCACAGCCAUGUGACCAUGACGGAGACAUACCGAGGCUCAUGCCAUGGCGAUGAUGUCACUGGGGGUCAAGGCAUCACCAACAGAGCCAACUGGGAUCCAGUGGUGGGCAGUAUGAAUGACUUCAGCUACCUGCACACCAACUGCUUCGAGCUGUCCAUCUUCCUGGGCUGUGACAAGUUUCCCCAUGAGAGUGAACUGCCUCUGGAGUGGGAGAACAAUCGCGAGGCUCUGUUGUCCUUCAUCGAACAAGUAAAUCGAGGAAUAAAGGGUGUAGUGAGAGACGUGGAGGGAGGUCCGCUGCCCAAUGCCACAAUAUCUGUGGAGGGAAUACACCAUGAUGUCAGAACUGCUUUAGGUGGUGAUUACUGGCGUCUGUUGAAUCCUGGAGAGUACAGAGUGACGGCCAGAGCUGACGGCUACACCCCUCAGACCAGAAUAUGCAUGGUGGGCUACGACGUUGGAGCCACUUCAUGCAGCUUCGCCUUAGCCAAAUCAAACUGGGACCGCAUCAAACAAAUCAUGAAGCUCCACGGCAAGAGGCCCAUCCGACUUGUCCCCAAAGUAACUGUGGUGAGAACAACUACAGCGCCAAGCCCUGUGGCCACCACCGUCGACGAUCACGCCAGACUCCAGAAGGCAGAGCGACUCAGGCGGCUCAAGAUCUUGCGUUUACGCCGUCUGCGUCUGCAGAGGUUACGAGGCGGUCUCAAUACCAUACCUACUCCAACAACCACAACAACCACAACAACGACGACGACGACCACAACUACAGCCCCCACAACAGAACCUAAGACCGAGAGAACCACUUCCUGGUAUGAAUCCUGGUUUCCGGACAGUUGGAUGACAGAGAAUCCAUUCGAUAGCUUUAACUUUGACUCGGCGCCCACACAGGACUAUCCUUUCGAAUACACUAUUGAUUGAUUUCUACAUUCAGUGAUACAACAUCCAUGUAAAACCUUACUAACUGCUUCUGAUUGCUGCAUCCUCACAGCUUUAAAAACACAGAGCACACAAGUUAUUUAGCGCUCAAAAUACUGGAUUCGGGGAACAUUGUGAGCGGAGACUUUAAGGGAAUGUCCGUAAUACAAAUUUGUUUUGGGAAAUUUCCAUACAGAGAAUUGAUCUGGAAUAAAAGAUUGUGCUAAAAAUACACUAUACAGCUCAAGAUAUUUGGCUUUAAUAAAACAACAAACAUGUCACAACACAAACAGGAAAUAAUUAGGUACCUCUCCAUUUGAAAUGUCUGUAUAUCUUUAUGUUUCUUAAUUGCUUUACAGUAUGAUGGCUUCAGUUCAACUGAUUAAAUGUACUUCUGAAUGCAUUUGAUUAAAACAUACAAACAAAAAAAGUAACUUUA